AUGGAGCCCAGUAUGGAGUACUGCUUAGCGCAGGUGCUGCAGAAGGAUGUUGGAAAGAGACUUCAGGUUGGCCAGGAAUUGAUAGACUACUUCUCAGACAAACAGAAGUCAGCUGAUCUUGAACAUGAUCAGACUAUGCUGGAUAAAAUGGUUGAUGGACUGGCCACUUCUUGGGUAAAUUCCAGCAAUUAUAAGGUGGUUCUCCUGGGGAUUGACAUCCUUUCCGCGCUAGUGUCCCGCUUGCAAGAUCGCUUCAAGGCUCAGAUUGGCACGGUGCUGCCAAGUUUACUUGAUAGGCUGGGAGACUCUAAGGACUCGGUGAGGGAGCAGGAUCAGACCUUGCUGCUAAAAAUCAUGGAACAAGCUGCUAACCCUCAGUACGUGUGGGACAGGAUGCUAGGAGGAUUCAAACACAAGAAUUUCCGGACAAGAGAAGGGAUUUGCCUCUGCCUUAUUGCAACACUCAAUGCAUCUGGAGCUCAGAGUUUAACACUGAGUAAGAUAGUGCCACAUAUAUGUAACUUACUUGGAGAUCCAAACAGCCAGGUUCGAGAUGCAGCAAUAAACAGCCUUGUGGAAAUUUACAGGCAUGUUGGUGAACGCGUAAGGGCUGAUCUCAGUAAAAAAGGAUUACCCCAGUCUCGGUUGAAUGUAAUUUUUACAAAAUUCGAUGAGGUCCAAAAAUCUGGAAACAUGAUCCAGAGUUCAGGUGAUAAAAUUUUUGAUGAUGAAGACUCCGUGGAUGGGAACAGACCUUCCUCAGCUAGCUCCUCUACAUCUUCAAAGGCCCCUGCAAACUCGCGCAGAGUUGGGAUGGGGACUACCCGCAGACUUGGGUCUGCAGCUCUGGGCUCCAAGUCUUCAACAGCCAAAGAGGGAGCAGGUGCUGUGGAUGAAGAAGACUUCAUUAAGGCAUUUGAAGAUGUCCCAACGGUUCAGAUUUAUUCUAGCCGGGAUCUUGAGGAAUCCAUAAACAAAAUAAGAGAGAUACUAUCAGAUGAUAAGCACGACUGGGAACAGAGAGUUUCUGCGUUGAAAAAGAUCCGCUCCUUACUCUUGGCUGGAGCUGCAGAAUAUGAUAACUUCUUCCAACAUUUAAGACUUUUGGAUGGAGCGUUUAAAUUAUCUGCUAAAGACCUGCGGUCUCAAGUAGUACGAGAGGCUUGUAUCACGUUGGGACAUUUGUCAUCAGUUCUGGGAAACAAGUUUGACCAUGGGGCAGAAGCCAUCAUGCCAACAAUUUUUAAUCUAAUUCCGAAUAGUGCCAAAGUCAUGGCCACUUCUGGUGUCGUAGCAGUUAGAUUAAUCAUUCGACAUACGCACAUCCCUCGAUUAAUACCCAUCAUAACCAGUAAUUGUACCUCCAAAUCUGUUGCAGUUAGAAGGCGCUGUUUCGAAUUUUUAGACUUGCUGUUGCAGGAGUGGCAAACACACUCCCUAGAAAGACACAUAUCAGUGUUAGCUGAAACAAUAAAGAAGGGAAUUCAUGAUGCAGACUCUGAAGCCAGGAUAGAGGCAAGAAAGUGUUACUGGGGUUUCCACAGUCACUUCAGCAGAGAGGCAGAGCAUUUGUACCACACCUUGGAGUCUUCCUACCAGAAGGCCCUGCAGUCGCAUUUGAAGAACUCUGACAGCAUCGUGUCCUUGCCACAGUCAGAUCGCUCCUCCUCCAGCUCCCAGGAGAGUCUCAACCGUCCAUUGUCUGCCAAAAGAAGUCCUACUGGAAGUACUACAUCUAGAGCAUCUACAGUAAGUACAAAAUCUGUGUCAACACCAGGAUCUCUGCAGCGAUCCCGCAGUGACGUCGAUGUGAAUGCAGCAGCUAGUGCCAAGUCAAAAGUGACGUCUUCUGGAGCAUCCACCCCCUUCAGUUCUGCUGCAGCAUUGCCCCCAGGCUCAUACGCAUCACUAGGUCGGAUUCGUACAAGGAGACAGAGCUCUGGCAGUGCCACAAGCGUCACCUCAACGCCUGCUGAUACCCGAGGCCGCAGCCGGGCUAAAGUAGUUUCUCAGUCCCAGCGAUCCAGAUCAGCUAAUCCUGCUGGUGCUGGUAGCCGGUCUAGUUCUCCGGGUAAGCUGUUAGGAAGCGCCUAUGGUGGCCUGAGCGGCGGAACGUCCAGAGUCCAGCCGGUGCCAUCAUCUUCAGAGAAGCGCAGCAAGAUCCCUCGGAGCCAGGGAUGCAGUCGAGAGACAAGUCCCAACAGAAUAGGACUAGCACGGAGCAGUCGUAUCCCCCGACCCAGCAUGAGUCAGGGGUGCAGCCGUGAUACCAGCCGUGAGAGCAGUCGAGAUACAAGCCCUGCUCGGGGCUUUCCUCCACUUGACCGGUUUGGACUCGGACAGCCAGGCAGGAUGCCUGCUUCUGUGAAUGCCAUGCGAGUCCUGAGCACAAGCACAGAUCUGGAGGCUGCUGUGGCCGAUGCACUGAAAAAGCCAGUGAGAAGAAGAUAUGAGCCCUAUGGGAUGUACUCUGAUGAUGAUGCUAACAGCGAUGCAUCAAGUGCAUGUUCGGAGCGCUCCUAUGGUUCCAGGAAUGGGGGCAUUCCACACUACCUGCGACAGACUGAAGAUGUGGCCGAGGUCCUGAACCACUGUGCCAGCUCCAACUGGUCUGAAAGGAAAGAGGGGCUCAUAGGUCUUCAGAACUUACUGAAAAGCCAGCGGACUCUGAGCCGAGUCGAGUUAAAAAGGCUAUGUGAAAUAUUUACUCGCAUGUUUGCUGACCCUCACAGCAAGAGAGUCUUCAGCAUGUUCCUGGAAACCCUGGUUGAUUUCAUCAUCAUUCAUAAAGAUGACUUGCAGGAUUGGCUUUUUGUUCUCCUGACCCAGUUGCUAAAGAAAAUGGGAGCAGAUUUGCUGGGGUCUGUGCAGGCGAAAGUUCAAAAAGCUCUGGAUGUCACCAGGGAUUCUUUUCCAUUUGAUCAACAAUUUAACAUUUUGAUGAGAUUUAUUGUAGAUCAGACCCAAACACCAAACCUGAAGGUGAAAGUUGCUAUCCUGAAGUAUAUUGAGUCCUUGGCAAGACAGAUGGAUCCCACAGACUUUGUGAACUCCAGUGAGACAAGACUUGCUGUGUCUAGAAUUAUAACUUGGACAACAGAACCAAAGAGCUCAGAUGUGAGAAAGGCAGCACAAAUAGUCCUGAUUUCUCUCUUUGAAUUGAAUACUCCCGAGUUUACCAUGUUACUUGGUGCCUUGCCAAAAACAUUCCAGGAUGGUGCUACCAAGCUUCUGCACAACCACCUCAAGAACUCCAGUAACACCAGUGUGGGUUCCCCCAGCAAUACCCUUGGUCGGACUCCUUCCCGGCACUCCAGCAGCAGAACCAGCCCCUUAACUUCACCUACCAACUGUUCCCAUGGUGGACUGUCUCCAAGUCGGUUCUGGGGUUGGAGUGCAGAUGGGCUGUCGAAGCACCCCCCUCCCCUUUCUCAGCCUAACUCCAUCCCCACUGCUCCUUCCCACAAGACUUUCAGACGCUCUUACUCUCCCAGUAUGCUGGAUUAUGACACGGAGAACCUAAAUUCUGAUGAAAUCUACAGCUCUCUUCGUGGAGUCACAGAAGCGAUUGAAAAAUUUAGUUUCCGUAGUCAAGAGGACCUGAAUGAGCCAAUCAAACGUGAUGGAAAGAAAGACUGUGACAUUGUGUCUCGAGAUGGUGGCCUCGCUGUGCCUACCAGUGAUGUCCGUGGAAGCAGUGACAUUGUGGAAGGCGGAAGGAUGGCUCUAGAUAACAAAACCUCCCUACUUAACACCCAGCCUCCCCGCUCCUUUUCAGGGCCACGUGCUCGAGAAUAUAACCCCUAUCCUUAUGCCGACACAAUUAACACUUAUGACAAGACCGCCCUGAAGGAAGCAGUGUUCGAUGAUGACAUGGAUCAGCUUCGGGAUGUACCCAUCGACCAUUCAGAUUUGGUGGCUGAUCUUCUGAAAGAGCUCUCCAACCACAAUGAGCGGGUGGAGGAGCGGAAAGGAGCUCUCCUGGAACUGCUAAAGAUCACAAGGGAAGAUAAUCUCGGAGUUUGGGAGGAACAUUUCAAAACCAUUCUGCUCUUGCUGCUGGAAACGCUUGGAGACAAAGAUCAUUCAAUAAGAGCCCUGGCGCUGCGAGUCCUGAGAGAGAUCUUACGGAACCAGCCAGCAAGGUUUAAGAACUAUGCCGAGUUGACCAUCAUGAAAACACUGGAAGCACAUAAGGAUUCCCACAAGGAGGUUGUCAGAGCUGCAGAAGAAGCUGCUUCCACCCUGGCGAGUUCCAUCCACCCUGAGCAAUGCAUCAAGGUGCUUUGCCCCAUCAUUCAGACUGCAGAUUAUCCAAUUAACUUAGCUGCCAUCAAAAUGCAGACGAAAGUCAUCGAGAGGAUUUCCAAGGAAUCGUUGCAUCAGCUCCUUCCCGAUAUCAUUCCUGGGUUGUUACAGGGUUAUGAUAAUACAGAGAGCAGUGUCCGUAAAGCUAGCGUGUUUUGCCUAGUGGCAAUUUAUUCAGUAAUUGGAGAAGAACUGAAACCUCAUCUCGCACAACUCACAGGAAGCAAGAUGAAGCUACUAAACUUGUACAUAAAGAGGGCCCAGACCACCAACAGCAACAGCAGUUCCUCUUCAGAUGUUUCAACGCACAGUUAAUGGAGAUAUGUGGACAUAUGUGUAGACUUAGAAGCAAUCAACGGUGCCUCUCAGAGACCUUUCUGCUACUCUUCACUGGCGCGCUCCAUCAGCUCAAGGAGGCCAUGCAGAUAUUUAUUGCAAUCAGUAUUUUAGUCCCUUAAAAGCUUUUAUGUAGAAUUUUACUGGUAUUGAAUGUAAAGGAAGCAAGGUCUGUGUUGCAGUCUUCAUUAAAAGUGAACAACAGAAAGCCAUACUUAAACAUAUUUGUAUAGCCUGCUGAAAUCUCGGAAAUAUGUUUAGGUUAGUGUUCCAGAACAGUCCAAGAACGUGGACACGCAUAAAGGUCAAACAAAUCUUGUUGGCUUAGUUCAUACCCAGUUUUGGUUUCUAUGUGCUAGUUACCCGCUCUCUCCCCGUGGCCGCAGCCAUUCUGGCUAGGUUCUCCUCUUCUUACAAGUCUUGUGGUCCUGUUUUGUACUCCCUGUUGCAGCUUGCCUAACAUGCAGGGCUCUCCGUGGGGAGAUCUUUGCAGAUGUGGCUGUGAUUCCAGCCUCAGAUGCUUUAAUACUGAGAGAUAUCAAGUGAGUAAUGAAAAAGUAGGUUCUUUUUAAACAUCUGAGAUUUUGUACAUAGUUCUUCUGACAGACCUCCGAUGGGCUGAUUUCUCUGUAACUGCUCUCCAGCCAGCUGUGCUGUGCAGAACAGCUGGGCUCUUGCUCCUUUCAUUGACUGUGUAAAUAUUUCCCCCCUCCCAAUCCAUUCGGCUCUUUCAUAUACUCAAAAGACUCUCCAGAUUACUUGUUAUUCCCCAAAGGGAACCUGAGACCCAGUUCUGGGAGUGAUGCCUGCGAUGGGACACCAGAAUGAGGUGGGUGGGUGUUGGGUUAGGCUCUGAGUGCAUC